ACUGUGCAGAGCGUCUUGUUUGAGUCGCAGGUUGAUGACGGAGCAGAGAGAGGAGGUGCGGGUUUGCCACGUCGGUCUCUGUGCAACGCAUUUACACUGUUGCUCCUGAAGCCCCGGGCUAACUUUUAAAGACCUUUUUAUAUGUGUUUAACCUCGGAGAGAAAGCCAGCCUCCAGUAUCUCCGGUGCCGUGGCAGCUCGUCUUCACACAGAGACACAGAGACACAGAGACAGCAGAGCGGAGACACUGAAGCUGGAAGAAGGAGAGAAAAUGCUCGGUGCUGUCUGGACUCGUCAGGCUGGAAGACACACAACAACUGACUGAUGCAUCCUCGUCCACUUCACCCCCCCGUGUGUUGUCGUUGGCCUGGCUGUACAUGGUUGCUCAUUGAGGAGAAGGGGAGGACUCCCGGCGGCUGUUGGUUGGUGGGUGGCGUCCGUGGUUUCCACGGUAACUGGCGACCAUGCCAGGAGGUCGCAGGGGUCCCAGCAGACAGCAGCUAAGUCGCUCUGCUCUGCCGUCCCUGCAGACUUUGGUUGGAGGCAACAUCGGCAAUGGUACAACCCUCAGGAACAGAAGCAGUAACUUGGUGGGUCUGUCUGCGCCCCCUCUCUCGGCCCUCAUUACUCCGGAGCCGGUCCGUCACUCGAGGAUCCCCGAGCUGCCGUUGGACAGCUGCCUGCUGUUUGAGUUCCUGCUCUUUCUCUAUUUGCUGGUGGCCUUGUUUGUCCAGUACAUGAACAUCUACAGGACGGUGUGGUGGUACCCAUACAGCCACCCUGCUGCCUCUACCUCGCUUAACUUCCAUCUAAUGGACUACCACCUGGCUAUCUUCAUCACAGUCAUGUUGGCCAGGAGGCUUGUAUGGACUAUAGUUUCUGAGGUGUCUCACAGCAGCGGCGGAUCACUGCUCCGAUACGUGGCUCUGAUCGCAGCUCGGCUCAGCCUGCUGACCAUGUGCGGCUGGGUGCUCUGCUGGACACUGGUCAACCUCUGCAAGAACCACUCUGUGCUCAACCUCCUCUUCCUGGGAUACCCAUUUGGCGUGUACGUCCCGCUUUGCUGUUUCCAUCAGGAGGGAGGGAAAAGCCAAACGGCAGCGGCUGACUGCGAUUACCCCCCGGAGCACCAGCAGACCGAACUAACCGAGACCCCGUUCUUUCGACCACGUGACUUCCUCUUCCUGUUGCGAGAGAACCUCAGAGAGCAGUUCUCCAGCCCGCCGCACAUGCCUACGCACACCUGCCCGCCACACACACACUCGCACACGCCGGAGUUGAUCCGAGCAGAGGUGGAGGAACUGAAGAGCGACUUCAACCGGCGAAUCAAGGAAGUGCUGUUCAACUCGCUGUUCAGUGCCUACUACGUAGCCUUCCUGCCUCUCUGCUUUGUUAAGAGCACCCAGUACUAUGACAUGCGCUGGUCAUGUGAGCACCUGAUCAUGGUGUGGAUCAAUGCGUUUGUGAUGCUGAUGAGUCAGCUGCUGCCCCCCAGUUACUGCGACCUGCUUCAUCGCUCGGCGGCUCACCUAGGCCGCUGGCAGAAACUGGAGCACGGCUCAUACAGCAACGCACCUCAGCAUGUGUGGUCAGAAAGCACCAUUUGGCCUCAGGGCGUGUUGGUACGACACAGUCGAUCUCUGUAUAAGGCAGUUGGAACUUAUAAUGUCGCUCUGCCCUCUGAUGUUUCCCAUGCAAGGUUUUAUUUCCUGUUCCACAAGCCAUUGCGGAUCCUGAACUUGCUGAUCUGGAUCGAGUCCAGUGUGGUUUUGUACCAGUUAUACUCUCUGCUGCGCUCUGAGCGCUGGAACCACACUUUGUCUCUGGGCCUUAUUCUCUUCUGCAACUACUAUGUCCUUUUUAAACUGCUCCGAGACCGCAUCGUGCUGGGCAAAGCCUACUCCUAUCCGCUUACCUCCAACAGUUUGGGGAUCAAGCCGCAGUGAAGGCUCCGCACAGUGAGACCUCCCCUACGAACUCUGGAUGUGGAGGGAAGACGGGUGGCGGUCUGGUAAAGUUGAGGACUGGGAGGGUUGUUUAGCGCUCACACUCGGAGGUUAAGGGACAGACUGUGAACUCAUAAUCGUGUUUUGAUACGGUUCUAUUUUUAAUGCAAUGUUUAUAUAAACCUAUUUAAAAGAAUAUUUUUAUUUUGUAUACUAUUUCGAGUUACGCCGGGCAUUACCACGCUGACGACAUUAGCAUGUUGUGUUAUGUUGUUGCUAGGCGACAGGGAAGUCAGGGAAUGCCGGGAGGUGACUUUCACCAAAGAUAUUUUAAGUGCAGGUGGCCAAUCACAGAGCGGACCUGGCCUCUGACAGUCCAUUAAACCAGACGAGCGACUCAGAGCAGUGGAAGUGCCUGAGAUCCUGAAUCCUGAUUGGCUGUUCUGCUUCAUCCCUGAGGCUCUUAGAGCUUAGACCAGUGAAACGGAUGCAGCUCUUUGAGGUCGCAGAACGCCGUCACUGCUCUCAACAGCUUCAGCACGUUUUCACGGGUGAUUUUAAAGCAAAAGUUCAACAUUUUGGUUUCAGUCAUUUGCUUUGCUUUUCAGGCAACAGCAUUGCGACGGUUAGCUCAAUGAUAGCACAAAGACUGGAAACAAGGAAACGGCUAGCUUUGAUCUGUCCAACGAUAACAAAAUCUGCUUACCAGCACCUCUAAAUCUCACUAGUUAACACAUUAUGUCUCGUUUGUUUAAUUGGAAAAAAGAUUGAAGUGUAAAAACGACUGUUUGUUCAUUUAACAGUUGGCUAUGUGCCAGGUUGCGUCCGAAUUUCCCCACUAACCCUCUAUUUAAUGCACUAAAACAGUAUGUGAGAUUUUUUUUUAGUAUGUCCAAAACCUUUGUAUGAAACCAAUAGUACGCAAAUUGCAUACUAUUUCCAGUGAAAUAUUGCAGUAUGCAAACGCUGGACACCACGGUGGCAAAAUAUCCCACAAUGCAAUGCAGUAGUGAUGACAACAUUCAUAAUAGACGUUGAUGGACAACUCUGUAACAUCAAUAACGCUUCAAUUUAACUGUAAGUAUAAGAUGUCACUUUGCUCGGCAUAAUAUACAUUUUUAAUUAAUUCAGACUCUGAUUCUCACAAACCGUCGUUUUGGUCACAUGAGGUUGGAACGGGUUACCAUGCUGGCGAGGAGGCUCUCAGGAAGUGACGACAUAAAUUACUGCUUAGUGCGUCCGAAAAGAUACACACUACUGUUAAUUCACACAAAAGUAUGUUGAACGAUAGUACACGUUUUGGGUAUGUAGUGCAUAGUAUAAUAAAUUAAUAUCAUAAUAUUCGGUUUCGGACAAAGCCCCAGACUAUAUCUUGGCUCUGAGCAGUUGCCAGGCAACCACAGAGACUCCAGGUAAGUUACUGUCUGGGCAAGAAUAUGUUCUGGCAAAUAACCCCCCCGUAAAACAGCAAAAGUUUUUUUCACACUUUGAUUAUUGUUCGAAUUAAAACAAAGACGAUGUAACAUGUUUGUAACCAUUAGACAGAACCAGGCUAGCUGUUUCCCUCUGUUUCCAGUCUUUAUGCUGAGUUCAGCUAACCAGCUGCCUGCAGUAGCUUCAUAUUUAACGGGCAGAUAAGAGGGUGGAUUAGCUUUUCCCAUCAAAUUGUUAAACUUUUGCUUAAAGCAGAGCCUCAGUGUGGAUUUAUACCAUCAAGUGGAAUAAAACUUUCCUACAAACUGACUUGAGAUCAGUCUGUAGGAAAGGACACUUUAGGUACUCUUGUCCACUGCCUCUGCAGAGAAUGCUGUAUUCUUCCUCAUUCACUUUUGUUACUGUGUUUUUACGAUCAGUAUCUGCUUGUUUCACAUCAUUGGCUAUCUGGAGAAGAGUUACAGCACCAGUCUUUACAAACUUACACCAGAGUGUCAACAAGUGAGAGGGGACUGAGAUACUAUUGGUAUCUUUAAACUCAAAGCACACCCAGAAAUGUAACAAAUAGGGCUGUCAAUCGAUUACAAUUUUUAAUCGCAUGAUUGUCCAUAGUCAAUGGUGAUUUAUCGCAAAUUAAUUGCAUAUCGGUUCAAAAUGUACCUUAAAGGUCAAGUUGUCAUGUAUUUAA